UAUAUUGUCUUCAUCUUCAUAUCAAUCUGCUAUAACCAGUAGAGGACUAUAACAGUCACAUCAAUAGUGGGAGGCACCAGAUGAUCAUCACCAGUGUGUGCCAAACUCUUUCAGUUUAGUUUUUACUGAAAUGAAACAUCUCUCUAGAAGUGCUGUGGUUUAUAACACUGUGAAGCCCAGAACACUCCUGCUGACAAAACUGAACAAUGUUCAAACACUUGAAUCUUCAGCUGCUGCUGCUGUGGUUUGUCAACUACAGAGGAGCCACCGAUAAACCUGUGUCAGGAAUACUGGGAGGGGACGCCACCCUCUUAUGUGAAUCUGAUGCCACAGACAUUUUCAGGCUUGAUUUAAGCAGGAUAAAAAGCAUCAUCGCUUGUCAGAAUGAAACAUGUGACGCUGAGAGUGACAGUCAAAAUGGCCGAGUGUUUAAAGAAGGAGUAUGUGGCUUCAUCAUCAAAGAUACGAUUUCUGUGAAGAAAGGUGAGCCGCUGAAGUUGGACGUUCUGUUGUCCAACGCUGAUAAAGUGGAGCAUAAGGGCAAGAGAACCACAGGUGGGAAGGUGGUCUGGAGCAGAAGCCACGGCGUCAGGAGCGAUCGAAUGAUCAUCACAGACAGAAAACUGAUCAUUAAUAAUUUCACAGCCACUGACACUGGAACGUAUGAGGCUCUGGACUCUGAAGGACAAAUCUUGAUCAUGGUGACAGUGGACAUCCAGAACAACUUUGAUACAACAUCUAGUGCAGAAUCAGAAAUGAGCUCCACACAACAAUGUACUUCUCUACUUCUAGAGAUUUCCUCAGUUGGACUGGUUUUGCUUUUGGUGGUUCUGGUUGCUGGUACGAGAAAAAAGAUGCAGAGAUGUUCCAGGGGUUCACUGCACUGCUACAAAGGGGUGUGCAAGAUCGGUUUUGGUGACCCUUAA